AUGUCCAGCAAGCUACAUCAAGUAUACGUUGCACUCGACUCGCACCAGUACAACCGAGCCAUUAAGCUUUGCCUGGCGUUGCCGAAGACCAAUAUUUUGGGACAGGCGCUUUUGGCACACGCAUAUGCCAAGUCUGCACAGCGUUAUGAUGCUUUACGAACGAUCCAGUCGAUACUGGGAACGGACGCGUUUCCCGAGGUGCAGCUUGAACUGAAAUAUUCACUGGAAACCGAAGAAAGCAGCGUCAACGCCACGGCGCCCAUUUUGGGUCCAAUUUCGAGCAAAAAAGCUAACAAGAAAGGAAAGAAAAAACAUUCGACCGCUGCUGCUGCUGUUCCUCCUGUAGCAGUAAGUGCGCCAUCCGCGAAACAGUCAGAUUUUGAUUUGAUCGACCGCUUAGAUCAUCCUCCCGUUUUGCCAGAAAACUGGGAAAUUGUUCCAGCAGCGACCGAUCAGACCCCAACAGACCACACUGUACUCGCAACGCUUUCUAUGACAAUGCUGAACCAGCUAAAUUUACCCUUGACUGCUUACCAACUCUAUUGCUGGGCCAUUAAGAAGUUUGAAGAUGAAGUUUUAGUCAGCAGGGCUUUUACUAAUGGGCUGGCCGUUUUGAUGGCUCCCCAGUACCAGGAUAUUGCACCUUUGGUCUUGGCAAAUCUUCAGCUUUUGGCUUUACAAUUAAGUCGAAUUCAGCAGCGAAGUUAUGGAGUCACUCCAGCUAUUGCUUGGGCCGCUCAGGCUGCCCUGUGGCAGCUAGAAGCGAUCGAGUCGAGUAAUAGCCGUAGUGCGGAUCCCCAGCAGCUCGCGCGUGCAGCCAUGCUGCCACGUCUAGCGGAAUCAAUGGCAUCAAAAUGUGUAGCUGAGGAUUCGAAAGGCCAACGGGCGGAAGAGUUUUUGCUAUACAUGCGGGCUUUGGCCCGUCAGCAAAAGUGGGAGGAAUCUUUGGAUGCGAUCGACAAUCGUUUGGAAAUAUCAAAAAACUCGGAAAAAGCGGCGCCAUCUCGGGAGACGUUGCUGUAUAAAAAGACAAAAAUUUUGGAAAAGCUUGAGCGAUACACCGAUGCCGCAACUAUUCUCGCGGAGCACCUUUUGACGCUGUCGCCGGACCAGUGGGAUUAUUGGAAAGCCCAUAUCCGUUGUAGUCUCAAAAUGGCUGAAAAUAGUGCUGAGACGGUUCUCCUCAGCGAAAUUCUGGCAGCCAAUGUUAUCAAAACCAUGGAAAUGGAUCAACGCCAUCCUCUUCGAGGACCUCAUCUGGUCGCCGUUGAUGUGUCUGCUCGUCGGUUGGAAUUACGGCCAAGCAAUACCGGUGUGAUUGAGGUGAUUCACAAGAUAAUAGCGUACGGAGAUAUUUUUUGCGCACGAGUUGCGUGUACUUUCUCGGAUUUGAGACCCUAUCUUGAUCAGGUUUUAAAGGUUGCGACUUCAGAAGAAGCACAGAUGUUGCUAUUGUGGUUAAGUGGGAUUCGUUUGAAAGUCAGGGAUCUCAACUGCGAGUUCAAAGAACGUGGACGACAGCUUCGAUUGUUAACUUUCGCAACACAAAUGACAUACAAGAUUCUUGCUUUACACGGCAAUUUAGAAACCGAGUUUUUGAUGCACUGGAAGGAUCUUUUAUGUGCUUGGAAAGAGUUCAAGUCCUCGGAACCUACAGAUCAAGCUCAGAAAGAAAGCCGACAGUCCGAUGAACUUGUUUUGCUAGCAAUCCAACAGCUCUUACGCAAUACCCCUUCCCAAGAUGAUCUCCUUCUGUCGGCGACUAUAUUGGAAUCGGCAAUGAAGCAUUCACCUUACAAUGCGUACCUAAAGAUCUCGGCUAUCUUUACUUACUCUAAGCUGGAUGCCACAGCCCGAGCUUGGGUUCUAUUUGGCGAUCUCUUUGUAAAACAUAUUCAGUACGAAUCCUGCUCCUAUCUUAUUUUACCGCUGCUACGAUCUGGUGGUUUUUACCGAGAAACACUUACUGUUUGUCAAGAAAUUUUAAGGCUACAGACAGCUACAUCUCGAGAAGCCGUCGACUUCGCCGGCCGAGCCAUCGAGAAUGGAACCGUCAGCAAGGCUAAUGAGUUUAUCGCCUUCCAGCGUGGACGAAUGAACCAGAGUUUGUCAACGUUGGAAGCCAAGGGUCUCAUUUUGGACUGCGCUCCCAUGUUCCAAUUGGAGAACUCACAGGCAGCUUCUCUUGGAGCUUAUCACGGAAUCGUUGGUACGGAAGCAGAUAUUGAGCGGUCAAGGAAGAUUAUAUCUGAAGGGCACAAUCCCCGAGCGGCUUUCAGCUUGUUACACGUGCACGGAAGUAUCUCUGACAACUUGCCAAUGUUCUGUGAAAACCGUGACCUGUCAAUUUUAUCUCAUGACAUACUGGUCGAACAACGCUUUGAUUCGCCGGAAAAGAUACUGAGUGACUCUAUACGCAGAGGUCAUCAUCACAAUCUCCUCAUACGAGCCGCGCUUUGUGUAGAUGCCAUCAAAAGUCCCAAGAGGGGAAAACCUACCUCCCCAAGCAACGUGCUUUUGAAGCUGCGUUCCAGUCUUCUCCUAUCGGCAAAGUCUGCAUUUGAUGAUUGCAGCACGAGUCUUCAAUCAAUUGGAUACCAACACUUGCUUCAUUCAAUGGUGACAAUGUGCAAAACAAUUGCAUUUAUUGGCGUUGGUGACGUGAAUGGGGAUAUUGAAGGAAAUUCUCUGGAAGAAAGAGAAAUGAAGGCCGCGGAACUCAUUUCUCAUGCCCGAGAGUCGAUUAUACGAGGACAAAAGGAGAUGUCGAUUGCGACUGGUUCUACAUCCGAAGUGAGCAUGCUUCUGUCUGACUAUAUUGUCUCGUUAUUUGCAUUGUCUCGUAUGUGCGCAAAACUAUUAAACAUGUUUGGAUGGGACCAUCGGAAGGAAAAGACCAAGCAUUGUGCCGGAGCGUUCUCGGAAUUUUACUUAGCGUUUGCGUCGCUUGUGCAAGACAUGGUUUCUUGCCUCAACAACCAACCGACGGACAUAGCAUUGUCGACCUCCUACUGGUCUGAAGUCAUCCCUGAUUUGAUUGAUGACGAAAUAUUGAACGAGACAGUUCUUCUCGUUACGAGAGGAAGGGAAGAAACCAAGAGGCGCAUCCGGGGAAUUCUUGACGAAGUGAAAGGCUGCCUCGAUGAUUUUACUAUGUACUACUAA